GACCCCAGGCAGGUGGAGCGCUCGCAGCUGCUCGCGGCGAGCCAGGGAGUGAUGGCGAGGCCCCCGCAGGCCGCCAGCGCCUGAGGCGCCCCGCCCCGCCCCGCCCCGCGCUGCCCGCCCCGCCCCGCCCCGCGCUGCCCGCGCCGCCCGGUCCUGCCCUGCCCUGCUCCCUGUCGGUGGCUGCGGGCGCUUCCUAGUCCGCUCGGGCGGCCGCCCAGGCGAGGUGCCGCCUCCGCACAGGCGGGGGGCGUAGGCGCGCGGGGCCCGCCAUGGCUGCGUCGGAGCUCUACACAAAGUUUGCCAGGGUUUGGAUACCUGAUCCAGAGGAAGUCUGGAAGUCAGCAGAGCUGCUCAAAGAUUAUAAGCCAGGAGAUAAAGUCCUCCUGCUUCACCUCGAGGAAGGAAAGGAUUUGGAAUACCAUCUAGAUCCAAAGACCAAGGAGCUGCCUCACUUACGAAAUCCUGACAUACUUGUUGGUGAAAAUGACCUCACAGCCCUCAGCUAUCUUCAUGAGCCUGCUGUGCUCCAUAAUCUCAGAGUCCGCUUUAUUGAUUCCAAACUUAUUUAUACAUACUGUGGUAUAGUCCUAGUAGCUAUAAAUCCCUAUGAACAGCUGCCUAUUUAUGGAGAAGAUAUUAUUAAUGCAUACAGUGGUCAGAACAUGGGUGAUAUGGAUCCACAUAUCUUUGCAGUAGCUGAAGAAGCUUACAAGCAAAUGGCCAGAGAUGAACGAAAUCAGUCCAUCAUCGUAAGUGGAGAGUCUGGGGCAGGAAAAACAGUCUCAGCUAAGUAUGCCAUGCGAUACUUUGCAACUGUGAGUGGUUCUGCCAGUGAGGCCAAUGUGGAGGAAAAGGUCUUGGCCUCCAACCCCAUCAUGGAGUCCAUUGGAAAUGCUAAAACAACCAGGAAUGAUAAUAGCAGCCGUUUUGGGAAGUAUAUUGAGAUUGGUUUUGAUAAGAGAUAUCGAAUCAUUGGUGCCAAUAUGAGAACUUAUCUUUUAGAGAAAUCCAGAGUGGUAUUCCAGGCAGAAGAGGAGAGAAACUAUCAUAUCUUCUAUCAGCUUUGUGCCUCAGCAAAGUUACCUGAAUUUAAAAUGCUACGAUUAGGAAAUGCAGAUAACUUUAAUUACACAAAACAAGGAGGCAGUCCUGCGAUUGAAGGAGUGGAUGAUGCAAAGGAGAUGGCACACACUAGGCAGGCCUGCACUUUGCUAGGAAUUAGUGAAUCUCAUCAAAUGGGAAUUUUCCGAAUACUUGCUGGCAUCCUUCACUUAGGCAAUGUUGGAUUUACGUCCCGAGAUGCAGACAGCUGCACAAUACCUCCCAAGCAUGAACCUCUUUGCAUCUUCUGUGACCUCAUGGGUGUGGACUAUGAGGAGAUGUGUCACUGGCUCUGCCAUCGGAAGCUAGCUACUGCCACAGAGACAUACAUCAAGCCCAUCUCCAAGCUGCAGGCCACAAAUGCCCGUGAUGCUUUGGCCAAGCACAUCUAUGCCAAGCUCUUUAACUGGAUUGUAGAUAAUGUCAACCAGGCUCUCCAUUCUGCUGUCAAACAGCACUCUUUUAUUGGUGUGCUAGACAUUUACGGAUUUGAAACAUUUGAGAUAAAUAGUUUUGAACAGUUUUGCAUAAAUUAUGCAAAUGAAAAACUACAGCAACAAUUCAAUAUGCAUGUCUUCAAAUUGGAGCAAGAAGAAUAUAUGAAGGAACAAAUUCCAUGGACACUCAUAGAUUUUUAUGAUAAUCAGCCUUGUAUUAAUCUUAUAGAAUCGAAACUAGGCAUUCUAGAUUUACUGGAUGAGGAAUGCAAGAUGCCUAAAGGCACAGAUGACACCUGGGCCCAAAAAUUGUACAAUACACAUUUGAACAAAUGUGCACUCUUUGAAAAGCCUCGUCUAUCAAACAAAGCUUUCAUCAUCCAACAUUUUGCUGACAAAGUGGAAUACCAGUGUGAAGGAUUUCUUGAAAAGAAUAAAGACACCGUUUUUGAAGAACAAAUUAAAGUUCUUAAAUCAAGCAAGUUUAAGAUGCUACCAGAACUAUUUCAAGAUGAUGAGAAGGCCAUCAGUCCAACCUCAGCCACCUCCUCAGGGCGCACACCCCUCACACGCACUCCUGCAAAGCCCACCAAAGGCAGACCAGGCCAGAUGGCCAAAGAACACAAGAAAACAGUGGGGCAUCAGUUCAGAAACUCCCUGCACCUGCUUAUGGAGACACUCAAUGCCACUACCCCUCACUAUGUGCGCUGUAUCAAGCCUAAUGACUUCAAGUUCCCAUUCACGUUUGAUGAGAAGAGGGCAGUGCAGCAGCUGAGAGCAUGUGGUGUCCUGGAAACCAUCCGAAUCAGUGCGGCCGGCUUCCCCUCACGGUGGACUUACCAAGAAUUUUUCAGCCGCUACCGUGUCCUAAUGAAGCAGAAAGAUGUGCUGAGUGACAGAAAGCAAACAUGCAAGAAUGUGUUAGAGAAACUGAUACUGGACAAGGACAAAUACCAGUUUGGUAAGACAAAGAUCUUUUUCCGUGCCGGUCAAGUGGCCUAUCUAGAAAAAUUGAGAGCCGACAAACUGAGGGCUGCCUGCAUCCGGAUCCAGAAGACCAUCCGAGGGUGGCUGCUGAGAAAGAAGUACCUACGCAUGCGGAAGGCAGCCAUCACUGUGCAGAGAUACGUGCGGGGCUACCAGGCCCGAUGCUAUGCUAAGUUUCUGCGCAGAACCAAGGCAGCAACCAUCAUUCAAAAGUACUGGCGCAUGUAUGUGGUCCACAGGAGGUACAAGAUUAGACGAGCUGCCACUAUCGUUCUUCAGUCUUACUUGCGAGGCUUCUUGGCCAGAAAUAGGUAUCGCAAGAUACUCCGUGAGCACAAAGCAGUCAUCAUUCAGAAGCGAGUCCGGGGCUGGCUGGCCCGCACACACUACAAGAGGAGCAUGCGUGCCAUCAUCUACCUUCAGUGCUGCUUCCGGCGGAUGAUGGCCAAGCGUGAGCUAAAGAAGCUCAAAAUUGAGGCUCGCUCAGUGGAGCGCUAUAAGAAGCUGCACAUAGGCAUGGAGAACAAGAUCAUGCAGCUGCAGCGCAAAGUUGAUGAGCAGAACAAAGACUACAAAUGCCUUAUGGAGAAACUAACCAAUCUGGAAGGAAUAUACAACUCUGAGACUGAGAAACUACGAAGUGACUUAGAACGUCUUCAACUAAGUGAAGAGGAAGCGAAAGUUGCCACUGGGCGGGUCCUUAGUCUGCAGGAAGAAAUUGCCAAGCUCCGGAAAGACCUGGAACAAACUCGUUCAGAGAAAAAAUGCAUUGAGGAACAUGCAGAUCGAUACAAACAAGAAACAGAGCAGCUGGUAUCAAAUCUGAAGGAAGAAAAUACUUUGCUGAAGCAAGAAAAAGAAGCCCUCAAUCACCGCAUCGUGCAGCAGGCUAAGGAGAUGACAGAAACUAUGGAGAAGAAGUUAGUAGAAGAAACAAAACAGCUGGAACUUGACCUUAAUGAUGAAAGGCUGAGAUAUCAGAACCUUCUGAAUGAGUUCAGUCGCCUAGAAGAAAGAUAUGAUGACCUCAAGGAAGAGAUGACCCUUAUGGUGCAUGUGCCUAAGCCUGGACACAAGAGAACAGACUCCACCCACAGCAGCAACGAGUCUGAAUAUACCUUUAGCUCUGAAAUUGCAGAAAUGGAAGACAUUCCAUCGAGGACAGAGGAACCAAGUGAGAAGAAGGUACCUCUGGACAUGUCAUUGUUCCUUAAGCUCCAGAAGCGGGUCACAGAGCUGGAGCAGGAGAAGCAGGUGAUGCAGGAUGAGCUGGACCGCAAGGAGGAGCAGGUGCUCCGCAGCAAGGCCAAGGAAGAAGAAAGACCACAAAUUAGAGGUGCAGAACUGGAAUAUGAGUCACUCAAGCGUCAAGAACUAGAAUCAGAAAACAAAAAACUGAAGAAUGAGCUAAAUGAGUUGCGCAAGGCCCUCAGUGAGAAAAGUGCCCCAGAGGUGACCGCCCCAGGUGCACCUGCCUACCGUGUCCUCAUGGAGCAGCUGACCUCUGUGAGCGAGGAGCUUGAUGUCCGCAAGGAGGAAGUCCUCAUCUUAAGGUCUCAACUGGUGAGCCAGAAAGAAGCCAUUCAACCCAAGGAUGACAAGAAUACAAUGACAGAUUCCACAAUACUUUUGGAAGAUGUACAAAAAAUGAAAGAUAAAGGUGAAAUAGCACAAGCAUACAUUGGUUUGAAAGAAACAAACAGAUCAUCUGCUCUGGAUUACCAUGAGUUGAAUGAGGAUGGAGAGCUGUGGCUGGUUUAUGAAGGGUUAAAACAAGCAAACAGGCUCCUGGAAUCCCAGCUCCAGUCACAGAAGAGGAGCCAUGAGAAUGAGGCCGAGGCCCUCCGUGGGGAGAUCCAGAGUCUGAAGGAGGAGAACAACCGACAGCAGCAGCUGCUGGCCCAGAACCUACAGCUGCCCCCAGAGGCCCGCAUUGAGGCCAGCCUGCAGCACGAGAUCACCCGGCUGACCAACGAAAACUUGGAUUUGAUGGAACAACUUGAAAAACAGGAUAAGACGGUCCGUAAACUGAAAAAACAACUGAAAGUAUUUGCCAAAAAAAUUGGUGAACUAGAAGUGGGCCAGAUGGAGAACAUAUCCCCAGGACAGAUCAUUGAUGAACCCAUCCGACCAGUCAACAUUCCCAGGAAAGAAAAGGAUUUCCAAGGGAUGCUGGAAUACAAGAAGGAGGAUGAGCAAAAACUUGUUAAGAACCUGAUUCUGGAACUGAAGCCACGUGGUGUAGCAGUCAAUUUGAUUCCAGGAUUACCGGCAUAUAUCCUAUUUAUGUGUGUUCGACAUGCUGACUACCUGAAUGAUGAUCAGAAAGUAAGGUCGUUGCUAACAUCAACAAUUAACAGUAUCAAAAAAGUAUUGAAGAAAAGAGGUGAUGAUUUUGAAACCGUCUCCUUCUGGCUCUCUAACACAUGCCGAUUUUUGCACUGCUUGAAACAGUACAGUGGAGAAGAGGGCUUUAUGAAGCACAACACAUCUCGCCAGAAUGAACACUGCCUCACCAAUUUUGACCUGGCUGAGUAUCGGCAGGUGCUGAGUGACUUGGCUAUUCAGAUCUACCAGCAGCUCGUGCGGGUGUUAGAGAACAUCCUUCAGCCAAUGAUUGUCUCAGGCAUGCUGGAACAUGAAACAAUUCAGGGCGUGUCUGGGGUGAAGCCCACAGGGUUGAGAAAGCGAACCUCCAGUAUCGCCGAUGAGGGCACCUACACACUGGACUCCAUCCUCCGGCAGCUCAACUCCUUCCACUCGGUCAUGUGUCAGCAUGGCAUGGACCCUGAGCUGAUCAAGCAGGUGGUCAAGCAGAUGUUCUACAUCAUAGGGGCCAUCACCCUGAACAACCUCCUCCUACGGAAGGACAUGUGCUCCUGGAGUAAAGGCAUGCAGAUCAGGUACAAUGUCAGUCAACUGGAAGAAUGGCUGCGUGACAAGAAUCUGAUGAAUAGUGGGGCUAAAGAAACCCUGGAACCUCUCAUUCAGGCUGCUCAACUUUUGCAAGUGAAAAAGAAAACAGAUGAUGAUGCAGAAGCCAUUUGUUCUAUGUGCAAUGCUUUAACUACUGCCCAGAUUGUGAAAGUGUUGAAUUUGUAUACUCCAGUUAAUGAGUUUGAAGAAAGAGUCUCUGUGUCAUUCAUUCGUACUAUACAGAUGCGUUUACGAGACAGGAAAGACUCUCCCCAGCUGCUCAUGGAUGCUAAACACAUCUUUCCUGUCACCUUUCCUUUCAACCCAUCUUCCCUCGCACUAGAAACCAUCCAGAUUCCAGCCAGCCUCGGCCUGGGCUUCAUUUCACGGGUCUGAAAGUGAUGUCCAGGCAAACAUUGACAAUACAUUUCUUGCCCGAAAUAAGAACCCAUUAUUUCCAGUGAGCUACUGAAAAUACAUUUUUAAAGAGAAAGUACUGAUUAUCUCCCAAAUGAGAUGUGAUUAACUGGAAAUCUCCCUAGAAUACUUUCAUCACUUUGGAAACAAAGAUAGCCUCUUUCGUGCUGUGUUAUCUUUAUAGCAACACUCAUCCUUAACCACCUAGGUACCGUGAGUUUACAUACAGGAGAAUGAUGGAAGGAAGGGAGGAAGGAAAGGAGGAGAAAAAUGUGUCUUCAGCUGGCAGCGUUUAUUUUAAAUCCUUAGCACUGUGUUUGAAUGGUAUCAAAAGCAUAACUUCCAUAGAUGAGCUGUUGUUAGGAAGGCACCAAAGAACCUCCCCUGUACUCAACAGGAGAAUGGAAAGAAAAGUCUCCAUUGAGUACAUAUCAUGUCAGUUUAGGAAUCAGUUAUGUUGACAUUGUCAAACUGGUUCAAAGAAAUAAACUGGCAAUAUGUAAAGUAAUUCCUCAUUUGUGUCACUAUUAUAUAGAGAUGUUAAAGGAAUGUUGGUUUGCUAAAUAGUGUAGAUGUCCAUUUGUACUAUAGUUUACUGAGCAUUUUAAAUUGCUGCUACAUACUGUCUUCUUAAAAUGUAAGUGAUAUUAGGCACUGCAACAAUAAGUUUCUCUUAUCAACUCUGUUUACAAUUCAAUCAGAUCACAGUUUUAACUGGAUUAUAUGCAAAUACCUACAGAUUCACCUGCACAAGUAGCAGACACUGGAAAGUCAUUUAGUAAUAUGACAAAAUGCUUGACAUUUAGGGGUAGGAUUAGACAAAGUGGCCAUUGUUGAUGUCAUUAUUUAUUCAGGAUGUAUUACAUUGAUGUGCUCAUUAAUUUUCCCUGGGUGGAUACUGCGUCAGGGUACAGUGUUCUGUGAAGUGACUUAUUUUUAACUACCAGAUCUGAUUCCUUCCGUGCAUAUUUUCAACGUCGACAGGUUUUCUCUCUUCUUAAUUUAUUAAGAAUUAAUCUCGGCUGGGCACGGUGGCUCAGCCUGUAAUCCCAGCACUUUGGGAAGCCAAGGUGGGUGGAUCACUUGAGGUCAGGAGUUGGAGACCAGCCUGGCCAACAUGGCGAAACCCUGUCUCUACUAAAAAUACAAAAAUUAGCCGGGCGUGGUGGCACGUGCCUGUAAUCCCAGCUACUCGGGAGGCUGAGGCACAAGAAUCGAUUGAACCUGGGAGGCGGAGAUUACAAUGAGAUCAAACCACUGCACUCCAGCCUGGGUGACAGAGAGAGACGCUGCCUUGGAAAAAAAAAGAAUCUCACUCACUAUCUAGAAAGGAUUGUCAGAAUAUUCAUGAUUCAGGUCCUGAAACUUUGAUUAUGCAAAAGAAGGUAUAUAAUAAAUAUUUCAUUAUUAUUCAGUUUUUAAGGCUUUGCAACUUCUAUAAGUGUUCUCAGAUGCCACUAGAUAAUUUUAAAAGCAUCAUAUUAGAAAUACUUUAAGAAGACUUAUAUAAGAAAUAGAAGAUUGUUGAAUUUUACAGAGGAUUUGGUUCAUUAAGACCCAGAUUCUGUAAGUUUUCAUUCUGAAAUUCUAGUUAAACAUAUUCACCAUUUUUUUUAGGAAUCUUAUACAAUAAAUCCUUCAGGUUGCACAAAAGCAAAUUGUUAGUUUUCAUUAGAAACUCUGGUUCUGAAUUACAAUCAUAGAUUAUAUAAUUUAACUGUUAGAUGGUCUAUAAAAAUGACAAAUCUUAUUAAAAUAUGUGCAAUAUUUAUGGAAGUCAAACAGCUUCAUAUCAGUGAUAAAGAUUGUUAUUAAAAGAUAAAUACUGUCUGUUAAUUUACGUGGGCCUCAAGUUCCUUGUUUAUAAAAUAAGAGAGUUGGACGCUGAUUCUUAACGUCUCCUCCACAUUUAAAAUUCUCUUCUCAGCCCUUAGAUCCUAGAGAAAAAAAGCUGCAGUUACUCAGUAAGUCCAUUCUCUGUGGAAAGACCAGUGUGUAGUGCCUGUCAAUUCCUUAGGAUUAAUCAAAUGUAAAAUCACAAGUUUGUGUAGCCAUAACCUUUCUUAAAUGUACAUGAUUUAUGUACAUGCUUUUAGAAGGUCCUACUAUAUUUGUAUUAUAAUUAGUUUAAGCAAUUUUUAUUACAUCAUGUAUUGCUUUAUUCAGUUUGAAUACAUUUAUUUAUUUAUUUGCAAUUCAACCAGAAACACUACCAAUUGCAUCAGAUUCUCCCAGUUUUUCCUGGUUGUCAAUGCGGUUUUCAAUGCACAAUUAAGUCAUAGCCAUUUGGUUAGUACCAAAUGUGUCAGAAUCUAACAGCAUCCGAUAGGCUGUAAGUUGGGGAGUUGCUAAGAAAAUGCAGCAUGGUACAGGCUGUCCCCUUAAGCCCUGGAAAUCUCCCAGACCUCCCCCAGCUUCAUCCUGUGUAGCACGACUCACGUGCACCCUGAAUCUUCUCAGGUCUUCCAGGUCAUGCUGUAGCUCUCACUGCCAUGCAGCCUUUUUUUUUUACUCUGGACAGCUCAUGUACUGAAGCGUCAUGAAAGAAAGGCUGUGGUCUGAGCCUUUCUCUCCCAUCUACUGUCUUUCUCCUGUCAAGUGCUGGAGCCAGAGCUCCUACAGCCGCCCUUGGUGGUUUCUCCUGUUCAGUGAUGGUGGCACAAAGGUUCUGCUAUUCCAGGGCUCCAGCUUCUUCCCAGGUCUACCCAGAUCCCCAGAUGGGGGUCUGAAUUAACCUCUCUUGGUGGCCUGGAGAUUUUUAGUCAUUCACAAGAAUACCUUGUAACCAGGGAACCCCAAGGCCCAGUAAAUGAUUCUGUAUACCAUUUUCUUGAAGGUACAAGAAGAUUCUGCCGACUGUGGGGAUCUUUGGGCCAGUUUGAGGAUUGCUUUCCCUCUGAGGUUCUUUCUCUCUGUCAGCCACGCUUUCUCACCCAACUUCAGACACACCCUGCCAGCCUUUCCCCUACUCAUUCACUCUUCCCCUUCCCUCAACUUAAUCGUCUAUCCCGUUGCCUGCUGUUUGACUGUGCACUGACGGCAGGUGGAUGGAGUCAGUCCUCAGUCCUCAGUUGCCCCUGCUGGCCUUCCUGGUGCUUACCAUCAGCCCAAUCUUCGCACAGUCCUUGUUCUCACUUCUCUGCAAUACAUUCCUUCAAAAGAUCAGUCAUUGACUUUUUCUUAAUUCCUCUGUGACACACAAUGGGAAUUCAAAGGAAGAGAUCUUAAAAGUCACAACAAUUCUUUAUCUCAAUAAUCCCCUCCCCAUUCACCUUACUACAUGCAGACUCACCACACCCUUACAACUUGAAGCUGAAAAUUUAAAAGUAAUUUCCCUUUUUGCAGCUUUCCUCAGGUUAAGGCUUUGAUCUGCCUGAGAGUAACUCUAAAAGGAGGGAAGAUAAAUAUGGGAUAAAAUCCACGAAGUGGAGCUUCUAAUUCCUUUGGAAGUUUAAAAAAUUUCCACGUAUCUGAUGCUUCUUUUGUCAGGUGCAGAAGCACAAAAACAUAUUCCAAAGCCAACUGAUAGGAGAUUUGGGGAUUAUUGUCAGUUUGGAGGAUUUGCUGUGUUAUUUCUUCAUUUCCAUGGAUAGCUUAUAGUUGGCUCUUUCUGGAUGAGUAAUUAUGUGUAAUAUAGAUCAAGUCUUUUAGUAAGGUUACAGCUACAUGUUAGGGGAGGCUAUGAAAAUACUGUAUUUUUAUAAUUUCAGUGCAGUGAUUGUUGUGAAAAACUACUUUCAUGGUAACCCUAGGAAAAUGGGCACCUGCCACCAUCCUGAGAAGUCCUCACACAAUGCUCUUUCUCUCUUACACACACACACACACCCGUCACUAAUUCAUAGAGUUCUUUAGCAGGCAUAGUCAAGGAUCCUCUGGGUAAUGUCAGCUGCUUAUGAUAAAACGGAGCCAAAACUAGUGCAUCCUAUUGAAAGUAAUGCAGAAACAGUACCUGGGUCCAGAUAUGCUUUCCUGUGGCGCUUUCCUCUGUUACCUCGUUUCAUCCUCACAGCAGCAUGGAUGGUGGAUGGGGUCGCUUCCACAAUCAUUUGCCAAUGAUAGCUUGGGAAUAGAGAUAGGGGCAGUGACUUGCCUGAUGUCGCACAGCCCUCCAGCUGUCCUGCUUUCCCAUAUGGAGCAGUGGUGGUGUGGGCACCUGUGAGGCAGGAGACUUUAAAAACGUCGUGAGGUCACGUGCUGCCCCUCCUGGUACGUGUGGAAUGCCCCUGGCCAGCAAGGGGUACUUUUUUAUCAGAGUUGGCAGCUGGCAUGUGGGAACCGAGCAAGUGCUGAGUACCAAGCUACUUGUUUUAAGGAGACCAAGUGCUCAGCGCCAGGUGGUUUUCUUUUUUGUCAUAGUUACUUGCUGUAACUAGGCUUGACUUUUGUCAUGAAUCAGUGCUCUCUGGGAGGGUGCAAUACUCUGUUUGGGCAUUAAUUGGUAGCAGGCUGUCUCAACCAAAAAGACAGGAAGCAGCAAAAGCCUCUCUGAAAUUAAGAGGAAAGUUAUUCUCCACACACCUAUCAGAGUCUCUAUCGGAGCCACCAGGUGAGCUGUGCAGCCUGGACAGGCCUGCAGCUAUAGGCCACCUUCCCAGUUUAGGUCCUCAGCACAGGGGAGCCCAAGCCACUGGGUACCUUCUGAGGGCUGUCACUGGGCAGGCCAUAUACAAGUCAGUGUGUGCGUGGGCACUGCAGUGUGUGCAUGCCGCAGGUGUUGGCAGGUGCUAGGAGGGGUGCCGUGUGCAUGCGCGUUAAAGAGGAUCUGGAUUGCCGUGACCUCUGUUCAUGGAUGAGUGCAUUGUAAUUUGUUCUCAGGCUGUGCUGUGAGGGCCGCCUUAACCCUUGCUCCCUUCCCUUCUAGAGCUGCCUUAAGUUCUCCAGAACUUUUCUUCUGUAAAGGAUAUCUUGCUUGGAAGGGAUAUCUUGCCCUGUUUCUCAAGGUUUCGUGAGAGUUUUGAUUGGGUGUGGCCCUGCAUGACCCCCCUUCUCCUGUACUUCCUCUUUCCUUUCCAAAUGGGAAUUAGAACUGUGGGGCAGCAACAGUCUCAGAGCCAGUGAGAGGCCAGCUUAGAGAAUGCUUCUGCGUUAGUGGGACGCUGUGUCACAAGUAAGCAAAUGAAGAUAUGAAAGAAAUUAUGGAGAUAAGUUCGAUUCUUGGUAAUACUUAAAUGUCUUGCUUUCUACUAACCUUUUGUUACUAAAGGUAAAGGGUAUAACUCAAACUUUUUGUGGACAUUCUUUUCAAAAUUUUUUUAAGAACCCUGUACUAUAAAAGGUUGAGUAAAAACAGGAAAGCGCGCUCUAAGUUCAAAUCUGUUGUAUUACCCUAAAUUAGAUAAACCAACCUGAAUUAUAGUAGAUUUCUCAAUAGAUGAGGAACUGAAAAAUACUAUGUAAAAUAUCUUCCAAAAUGCUUUUUAUACUUUUUUAUUUGUAAUUUGGUCUAUCUAAAAUGUUCACUAGCUUAACUUAAUGAGUGUUAUUGGAUUCAUAUGACUAACAUUUCCUCAGUAUUGUAAUGCUUGAAAUAUUUGAAAGAAAAAUGUUUUUUAGUUGAAACUGGUAUAUAUAAUUCAGUGCUUGGCAGGUCAGUAUAUUUUUAUGCACUUUUCAGAGUCAGCAGUUUCAAAUCUUAUUGUUAUCAUGUUAUAAAAUUUUAGCCCACAUUUCAGGCUCCGUAAAUCAUUUGAGCCAUUAUUUUUUCCCAACAAAUGGUGAAUUUUUUCUUUAAAUGUGGAUAUAUAUGUUGUAAUUUAUGAUUCCUGGUUAUGUAUUUUUGUGGGAUCCUGCAGUAAAAUUGACUUUUUUGUGUCUUUGGGAGAUUUAAAUUGCUCUAACAGUGUUGCACAAAAAUGAGUUCAUGCCAUUUAACAUAUUGUAUUUUAAUUAUUAACUUCAUUAAUUUACUAUGAAAUAGACAUGCCUUUUAACUAAAAUGAAAUUGAACAUUGCAGUUUUCAAAUAUUUUUUGUUGUUGGGUCUGGAAAAGAAAUUCUGCUUUGAUCUGCAUAGAAAAUUUUGAUACAAUUUUUUGAAAGUUCUUAGGUGAAACAUUUACCCAUUAAAAAGGAAGCAGAAAUACUGAGACAUGAAAGGCAUUAUCAACUAACUCUAGACUCUAGAACCCAUUCUAGCAUAUCUCACGUGCAAUUUUUAAAAAUAAGUUAAUAAUUCAUCUCAUAUCAACAAAAGCCUUUGAAACAUGGGUUUUCACUAGAUAUCACCUAGUGCUAAGAUAAAAACCAAAACAAUAUCAGAAUUACAUUUAUGCUCUAAAUUUGUAGUUGUCCAAUGUUGUGCUUAGUAAAUGUGUGUCAUUAAUGCUGUAUUCUCCUAGCUAUUAUGGAAACUUGUUUAAAUAAAGAUAUGGAUAUAGA